CACGGACAGAAAAAAUAAAAGGAGUAAUAUUGGGAUAAUUUAAUUUAGAAAAAAUGAAAACCGAGCAUGAAUAAUUGGGUGAAAUGGUGAUGGAGGAGGUAUCCAGGCUAGGCGCACGUUCACCCACUCCCUGUUGUCCAAUGUCCACUCUCUUGUAUCGUAGCUCCACAUUCACCACCUUUUCCUUUUCCUUCUGGUUUUCGUUGUCUCGUUGAAAUUGUAGUUUUGGGAUCGAAAUAGGGUAAAAUUAGGACAUGGAUUUAGAGAGUGAAUUAACGGUUGUUGUUGGGGCAGAUGCGAAUCAAAGAAAUGGAAACCACUUGCUGGAUUCCGAUCAACCUACCGGCAGCGCUGAUCCUGUGGAGGCGGACACCAAUCAUCAUUCUACGGGAAUCGAGAUUCAGGAAUCUCGUUCCUUGACUAAUAAGGGAUAUGGGUUGAAGAAGUGGCGAAGGAUUAGAAGAAAAGAUGUUGUUAUCACCAAGGAAACGGAAUUGGAAAAGGAAAAGGAAAAGGAAAAGGAAAAGGAUUAUGAUUCCGAUUCUACUACUGGUAGAAUGCUCAAGAGAGGGUCUGCUAACAUUUUGAAUGAGAAUGAUGUUUCUUCAAUGUCACCCAAUCACAACAAUUUAGCUGCUGUUGUUGUUGACACUUUCAAUGUCGGUGCGGAUUCCGGUAACAGCGAGGACAGCCAUAGCCAUAGCCAUCGGAGUAGCAGCAAGUCAUCAACGGCUGCUAGUCAUCCCAAGCUCUCUCUUCGAGCUUCCUCAGGCUCAACUCAAGCUCAUCAUCCACAUCUGAAUCAGCGCAGGCCCAACAAACCCAACUUGAAUCAGCCUCAGCCUCAGCCUCAGCCUCAGACUCAGACUCAUCCCGACCCUAUCAAGAAACAAAAACCCAGAGAAACCUCCCCCCUUUCUAGCAUGGAGUCUGAUUCAAGAAGUUCUUUUCGCGAUCAUCUUCCAACUCCAAAUCCCUCAAGCUUUGAUGCAGAUGAUGCUGCCAAUCCCCAUCCCCUGCCGCCACCAUCCUCUCAACAACAACUUCCUUCUACUCUUACUGGAACUACUAAUUUUGCUCUUUCAUCCGACUCUUCAGAUCAAUUGUCCUCCACUGCUUACCAUGGGAACACUAAGCUCCCCACUGACCGCGAUCCUCUUCUCGACUCUAUCUUGCUGCUCCAAUCUGCCCAACUUGCUCUUCAAACAGAAGUUCAGAAGUUUGGGGAGAUAGGCAAGGGCAUUUGUUCGUUGUGUGAUGACUCCGACAAAACUAGUGGUGUUCCUGUCCCAUCUUUGUCUGUUGAUCCUUUAGUUUACAUGGAAAAUGCUUCUGAUGGUUGGAGUGAGUUUAAUCAUGCCUAUUUGAGCAAGAUUGUCCAAACACUUGAAAGACAGCUGAAUGAAGCUGAAGGUAGCCUCAAGGAGAAGGAACAGAGGAUUGCUGAACUAGAAACAAUGAGAAGUAUGGAAUCACCUCAAGAACGUGUAAGGAGCACUAUGGAGCAGCAAACUAAAAGAUACAUAGAAAUGGAAGCUGAGCUGCAGGAUCUUUUCAAGAAAAAACUUGAAGCUGAAGUUCAGUCAGUUGUGAUAGCAAGAUCUUCCAAGGACUUGAGUGUUCUUGUUGAAGAUAAGAUAUUGAGGGAGCAAAUUUCUCUAUCUAAGGAGCAAGCACAAUCUCCAAAAAUGACAGUGAGUGUAGAAAACAAGGCUGUCAUGCUACAAGGACAAGCUGAGAAGUCGGACGCACUGUAUGGUGGUAUCUUGGGUGGUGAAGAGAUUCAGAAGAUGCAGAAACGGGUAGUUAAGUUUACAAAAUGCCUUACUAUACAAUUGGUUUUGCUGGUCUUAGUAUUUGCACUGUUUGUCAUGCAACUAGUACCCAAAUCAGCGGUGGUUGUACCCACUUAGUACACUAUAUAUGUAGUUAGGUGAUUUCUUUUUCAUCUUGUAAUCCUGGGUUGAAUCAAGAUCGAUGAUUUAUUUUCUUUUCCUUUUUUUCAUUUUACUUUUAUUUAUAGGUCUAAAAAAAGGUACAGAUAGAUCAGAUUGUAUUCAGAUUGUAUUUUGCUCUGUAAACUGUUCUUGAUAGUCAUGAUAUAUAUUUUCUCAAAAUCAAAUAAUUUCAUAUAUACUGUAUUUU